AUGGAUACCACUACCCCACUCAUCGGGGGCUGCUUAUGCCAAAAGAUCACCUAUCGCGUGGAUCUCCCCCCCACCGAACCCGUCCCCAAGAUCAUCCUCUGCCACUGCACCAGCUGCAAGCGCUACACCGGCUCCGCCUUCUCCUCCAACCUCGUCGUCCCCACGGCUGCCCUGAUCUUCACCACCGGCACCCCCAAGCUGUAUCUCGGCCACAGCGACCGUGGCCCCCCCGUGCGCCGGCAAUUCUGCGCGGACUGCGGUACCCCCUUCACCUCGCAGCCGGGCGACAACGACGAGAUCAUCAUCCUCAAGACGGGGACGUUGGACGAGGCCAGUCGCCUGCGCUGUGGGGAGGUGGGCCUGGCGAUUUGGGGUCGGAGUAAGGAUACGUGGCUGGAUCAGAUUGGCCAGGUGCGGUGCUUGGAGACGAGUAUGGGGUAG